UCAAACAUACGUAAAGUUCUUCUACCGGGUGAUUUUUAAUCUCAUAUAUAAAUGAGUCGCGGAGAAAAAUCUGCGAAGCUUCAAGCGGUGGACGUGCCGAUUUAUAGCGAAUUAAUAGAUACAAAGGACAUUUUCAGUGAGUAGGAAUAUUUGCUGAAGUUCUUAACGAUAGAAACAGAAGUUAUAUUUGAAAAAUCUAAUACGGAUUUUUUACUUAUAAUUGUGAUGCUGCUGUCGUGCCAGGCAUUUUCAUGUAUUAUAGUUUUGGAAAUUUUCGUUUAAUGUUGGAGUUUAAUGUGGAUAUUUAAUUAAUCAUACAAUGAAUAACGUACCAGUGAUUACUGUAGACGGUCUUGGAGAAAAAGGAGGAAGUGAGGAAGAACACCAUGGCGACAUACCUAACACAGCCUGGCAAGAGAAUGGGAGAGUGAAGUUAGACCCUGUGCAUGUUGGGCCUCAUUUAGUCUCAAGCGGAUGGAUGAGAGCUGUAGACGCUCAAGGAAAACACACUUUACCAGGGCUUAAUCCUAAAACAUCAACCGGCCGCAGAAAAAGCAUGUUUGUUAGAAGCAGUGUCAGAAAUAGUUCGGAAAGUGCCAUAACAAACAUUGGAAGGGUUCCUCUUGUAAAAAAGAACAGUCUGCCAGAAUCAUUUCCGCACAGGAAGUCCAGUGUGCAUGAAAAUAUUGGAGUUGUCCGCAGACGACUGUCAGGACUUAAAGCGGAAAUAGAUGUCUCGGCGGCGUUUGUUAAAGUACUAACUAGACAUGGAAGUGCAAGGCCAAGAACGCCAAGAAAACCCAAGGUGCCACCUCUUCUACGGUUUAAAGGUUAUGUUAGACUGGUACUAAUUUGUGUUCGCUUGUGCAAGUACAGCCAUGAAAAUGUGGAGGCAUCGAAGAGCGAGUACCUGUCAAUAAUUCAGGUAUCAGAGGACUAUGUCACAUCUACCGCCGACCCCGACGGCAUUUUCUUCGAUCCGACUUUGUUUCGAGCUAAUAAAGAGCAAAGACUUCCAGCAGACGCAAGAAAAAUUCUACAAAAAGACUUCAGGAUGCGUACUGAAAAGGAAAUUGAUUAUCUUCAUCUUGUUCUGAGAUCUAUAAAAGCGUUCGCGGAGUAUCCAAACACCAUGCAGAAACAGCUGUGUCGUGUUGGUUGGUACGAGGUUUGCAAGGUAGGAUUCUAUUUCUUUGAAUUCAAAAGAGAAAAUUCUAUUUCAGAAUACGACAAGAAGCUACUGGAUGAUAGAAAGAUAGGACGCAAGACUAUAACGGACGAGUUAGAUAAUAAAAUGAUAAAAGAUUUCACUCUGACUGAGAAAGAUAUACGACCAAUGUUCGUUCAAGUACAAUUCUCGAAAGAGGCAAAUUUUUUUCAGGGACUUACAAAAACAGUAUUCCCAGAACAGGCGGAGAGUUUUAGUGUCGUUUCAAAUGGUGCUGAAUGUAUUAUGAUUUCUAAGAAAUUCUUUUUGGAGAAAGCAAAUGAAAAUACUAUGUACCAUCUCCGUCAAGUUGAAACACUACUUCCGCCGGAAGAGGAACUACAAACGAACUUGCAGGACUUUGUAGACUGGAAAGCACAUAGAGUUCGGGUAUAUAACCGUUUAGUGCAAAAUAAACAUAAAAGGACCGCGCUGAAACAACAGUUUCCUACCCCUGGUGGACAGUACUGCUUUCGGACAGGACCAACUGUUAGAAUAGAUUAAAUAUUUUAGAUGUAAUCUGUCGGUAACUUCUGUUGAAAGAAAUUAAACAGUUAAAAGGCAUCAUUAAUUUGACAGUAUUGUCGUUCAUGGCAGCUUCUCAGUCUGGUCAUGAAAACAUUACCAAGGAGACCAAGAGCAGACGAAUCACCAGACUACGUUCUUUCCGGCUCAGCAUGUUGGUUGCGAACGACAAGUACAAAAUUAAGUCUCUCUGUGUGUGCACUCUUGAAAGAAAUGAUUGGCUGUCAAAUGUUUUUUCGUAUAUAGUUCUGUUUUGUCUAUUUAUUUGUUUUACAUUUUGUUUUAUGUCUAGUAGAAUUAUGUGUUCCAAAAGUUUGUCGGUCUAAUAUUAAACUGUUAGGAAUAACAACUGAA